CGCUCAAUAAAAAGCUCUAUUAGCGACAUGUAAACCAAUAGACCAUUUGUUCGUCGGCAAUUGUCAUGAUAUUUUGAUCGCAUGGCGUGAAUCGUGGCGGGAGCUGGCGGUGCGCAACAACGGCAACCAUGUCCGUCGCCGUCCCGAUAAUCCACCACCAUCCACCACCUGCGCACUUCUCCUCUCUCAUCGACCACUGCACCAGCUCCCGGCGCCUCUUCGAGCUCCACGCCGCCCUCCUCCGCUCCGGCCUCCACUCUCACCCUAUCCUCAACUUCAAGCUCCAGCGUCGCUACUCCUCUCUCGGCCACCUCGACCACUCCCUCUCCCUUCUCCUCCACCUCACUCCCAACCCUUCCGUCUUCUCCUUCUCCUCCGCCAUUCACUCUCUCGUUCUCCAUGGUCUCCACUCCAACGCUCUCCAUCUCUACAUUCAAAUGCUCUCUUCCUCUCCUAUCACUCCCAACGCUUUCACUUUCUCCUCCACCCUUCGCGCCUGCGCCAACCUCUCUCCUGGCCCGGGCCUUGCCCUCCAUUCCCAAGCCAUACGUCUUGGCCUUGCCUCUGACUCCUACGUCGCCACUGCCCUCAUUGAUGUCUACGCCAGCACUGGCGAUCUCAUCUCCGCUCGCAUUCUGUUCGAUAGAUUGCCGGCCGAGAAUGAUCUCGUCGUCUCUUCCACUGCAUUGAUCUCUUGCUAUGCUAAAGCUGGGGACUUGGACAAUGCUCGUCAGUUGUUUGAUAGAAUGCCUGAGAGAGAUUGUGUUUGCUGGAAUGCCAUGAUUGAUGGGUACACACAGCAUGGUAAUCCUACAAAGGCCAUGGGAUUGUUUAGAAAAAUGCUGAGGUCUUCAGUGAAGCCGAAUGAGGUUACGGUGAUCUCCGUCCUCUCGGCUUGUGCUCAGAUGGGCGCUCUGGAUUCAGGGAAAUGGGUGCAUUCCUACUUGAAAAAUAACAAGAUACGGUUCAAUGCGCAGGUUGGGACGGCGUUGAUCGACAUGUAUUGCAAGUCUGGGAGUUUGGAGGAUGCUUACCAGGUGUUUGAUGAAAUCAGGGACAAAGACAUUGUGGCUUGGAAUUCUAUGAUUACUGGUCAUGCAAUGCAUGGGCAUAGCCGGAAAGCACUCGAGCUGUUUUCUCAGCUUUGCGAUGAAGGUUUACGGCCGACGGAUGUUACUUUCAUUGGCGUCUUGAAUGCGUGUAGCCACGCCGGGUUGGUGACUGAAGGUCGGGCCUUGUUUCAGUCCAUGGAGCUUGUUCACAGCAUAGAGCCAAAAAUUGAGCAUUAUGGAUGUAUGGUGGAUUUGCUAGGCCGGGCCGGGCUGGUUGAAGAAGCUCAUGAUCUAAUACAGAGCAUGAGAAUUGAGCCAGACCUGGUCUUAUGGGGUUCAUUGCUCGCUGCUUGCCGUCUUUACAAGAAGGCUGAUCUUGGAAAAAAGGUAGCGAAUUUUCUUUUGGACAAGGGAAUUGCAAACUCUGGCACCUAUGUUCUGCUAUCAAAUAUACAUGCAACUCUUGGCAACUGGGAAGAGGUGAUCAAAGUGAGGACAUUAAUGAAGGAUAGUGGAGUUCAAAGGGAACCAGGAUGUAGCUCCAUUGAAGUUAACAACACUGUCUAUGAAUUCAUUGUCGGAGACUUGAGGCACCCUAAGAUCAAAGAGAUUUAUGCAAUGCUUGAUGAACUAAAGCAGCUUUUGAAAGCUCAUGGAUACGUCCCGAGGACUGAGCUUGUGUUGCAUGACUUGGAGGAACCUGAGAAGGAGCGAGCUCUCGGAGUUCACAGCGAGAAGCUGGCCAUUGCCUUUGGGCUGAUCAGCACUGAACCAGGGACAAGCAUUAAGAUUGUGAAGAACUUGAGAGUUUGUGUUGAUUGUCAUGAGGUGACAAAGCUCAUUUCCAAGAUUAUGGGAAGAAAAAUUGUUGUCAGGGAUCGGCAUAGGUUCCAUCACUUCAUUGAUGGCUCCUGUUCUUGUGGAGAUUACUGGUGAUUGAUUGUAUAAUAAUGAUUAAUGUGCUUAUGAGCCUGUUCUUGUUUUCUGUUCAAUUGUGAAUUCAUUUCAAUGUAUACCUUUUCGUAUAUAA